AAUCGAACGCGCGUGUUCAGUCUCUGCUUCGCUCAUAUCGUUACGUGUACUAUCUGCUCUUCGUUGCUCAUUGGAACGCUGUGAGGGUUCUCCUCAUCAGUUGAGUUGAAGUUCCCUCCCGCGCCGGCUCAACUUUGUAAGAAAUUGGCGCUUAAAUGAGCUCCGAAGUGGGGGGCAUUGCUGGAUCUGGAUGGCGGCGCCAAUGGCGAUAAGAAUGACGGGGCAGAGGGCGGUUGUUGGAGGCGGAGGGAGCGGCGGGGAGAAGUCUCCAUCUGCUUCGCCGAGGGCGGGUAGGAGGAAGUCGAGCGCUGGGAGGAGGACGGAGCGGUGUUUGUACGGUAUUCUAGCGGCGGUGCUUCGGCGAAGGGGGUGGCUACUGGCGGCUCCGCUUCUAUACGUGACGGCAAUGCUUAUGCUGAGUUGGGACCUAGAGGGGGUGCCGGUUAGCGUUGGGGUGGCUAUCCUCGGGCGGUCACCGCCGGGAUCGGUUUACCGGAGCCCACAGGUUUUCCAGAAGCUCUGGCCCUUUAUGCAGGCAGAUGUCAAUCACUCUAAUGCGAUGGAAACAGCCUGGCACCAUAAAACAAGUCAUAGAUGGAAGCCUUGUUUCAGAAAGAAGUUAUCUCAAACAGGGUUGCCACCUUCAAAUGGUUAUCUCAUAAUUGAAGCCAAUGGGGGGCUGAACCAACAACGUCUUUCGGUAUGUUCAUGUAUGAAAACAAGCUAACAACUUAUUUCAUGAGAUAUGCGAUGCUGUUGCUGUGGCUGGAAUACUAAAUGCGACCCUUGUCAUCCCUUUUUUUCAUUUAAAUAGCGUUUGGCGUGAUUCAAGGUAAAAACC